UACAAAAAUGUUUAAAGCGUUAAAGUUUUUUUGGGGGAAAAAAACAGCCAGGAAUAAAGAGGAUCAGUUUCCUCUUGUGAUGCCAAAUCAACAUGCAGAAACCUCCGAUGCAGGAGAACAGGAAAGCACAGUUGACUUAAGGAUGACAUCUGGUUCAGGGGUUGAAGUGAGUGGCAAGCAAGAGCUUGAUAUUCUCAGAAAGAUUCUGAGUGAACAAUCAAACCCUGAGGACCUUGACAAGGCAGCUGAGGUGUUGAAAAGAUGGAGCAAACUGAACCGUGUUACCAUAGACAAGAAAGAAGGCAGAUUCCCUCAAAACUGGCCCUGUGAGUAUCUUCAAGAAAUAGAUCAGUUUGUGGAAAACCACAUUCCCACGCUGCCAGUAGAGGGACCACAAGGAUCUCAGUUAGAGCAGUUACGGGACUUUCUAAAGAGCACACACAGCAUGAUAUGCCAUGAGGUGUUUCGAUUAACACCUGUACUGGAAGAUACUGGGCUGCUAUAUCGUCUGAUUGACAGUUACAGCCGUCACCUCUUUCUCAAGUUGGACCUGCUCCUAAACAGAGAUCUGUCUGUGAAAGAGACCUUCUGCAUUUUACAGUGGGGGAAAGAUGUUUUCUUCAGUUCAGACUCAAAACUGAGAGUGUACGACCCGCUGCUGUUGACAGGAUGGUUUGAGAGAGCAAAGCAGAAACUGCUUCAAAAACUUCAGAAUGACAUCUCUAGGACUUUACAGAACAUCCUGCACUAUGAUGAGCAACAUGGACAUAAUGAGGACUCAAUGGAAGAGGAAACUUUCAUAAGACUUCACAUAGAUGUCACUCAGUGUCUGAAUUGUGCUAUUUUAGAUGCAAAAAAGGUUGGUCUAACCUUGAUGCAUGCAGUACAAAUACUCUGUAGUGAAGAGCUGCAUGGCUUUACUCAGAAGUAUGUGGAUACUGAGAAUAAACGUCUAAAAAAACUAAAGUUUACUGAGAAGAACUCUGUGUAUCUGUUUUGGAUUAUCAACACUUGUAUGCAACUCAGAUGUUGCGCUACACAAAUCAGUCCAGAUAAAAACAACAGCGAUGAUGUCUCAAUAACUAUAAGCAUGCUACAGAAACUGGAAGAUAAGGCUUCAUCCAUUGUACAAAAGAUCAUGACAUGCUUAACACAGGCCAAUUUAAAAAGUUAUUUCAAGAAAAAGAAUGUGCAUAUUGAUAUCCUGAUGGAGGCAAUCCACGGGCAGUGUGCAUCUCUGCCUCCGACCGCCUUAGAGAUCAAAAUGAUCAUUAUAAAAAUAGCUUACAACUGUGUUUCCAAAGUGUACCUGGAAUGCCUGAUGAAGACAAAGUUCAGAAAGCUAGAGAAGCUUUGGGGAAAUGCUGAGGAAAAGAUAAAAGAGGAUGUUCAACGUUUUCACGCAACAUUCUCUGAACUGAAUGGCAGUGUUGCCCAGCAAAACCAGCUCCUUCAGAGAAUGAGUGAAGUUUUGCUUUGCAGUGAUGUAGAUGCACUGAAGAUUACCUGUUGUGAUUUGUUCAGAGAUUUCCCACAUGAGAGUGAGGAGUAUGUACCUGGUCUGCUGCGCUGGAAAGAGGUGUUAUCAGAGCGACAGGUGAGGGAAAUACUGGAUGUGAUCCGGGACCUGUAUCCAAAUCAUAGAAGUCACAGUGUCACCUGUCCUUUGGGCUUUUCCUUAUUUUCUGGUAAAUAGCUUGCUCAAAAUAGAUGCCUCUGAACCUAUCAACAUCAUUGGCUUGAAUCAGUUUUGUAAAGUUCCCCCAAGCCAACUUGCAGAUCUGAAACGUUAUUGCUGCUCAAGGAGGUCAGAUGCUGAAAACGAAGGUUGAUAUUUUUUCAAGUAAAGAUAUUUGGUAACACAUUGAUGGUACCCCACAAGACAUUAUAUUAAUUGACUUUAAGUACCUUUGCAAAUACAUAUCAACUUUUUCAGUAAACCUUUACCCUUGUUUAUGACAACCUAUACCCAAACCCUACAGUUGGUAAUAGUAAGAUAUGGAGAAUGUUCUCCAAACAUUGUGCUAUUUCUGCCAUCUAGCAUUCAAAACUGAUCUGAUGUAAAUUUUUUAACACGGUUCUAGUUCAUUUCUUUCACACCUACACAUAAUGCAGGCAUCAAAGCUACUCCAGUGACUUUAUCUCCCAGUGUGUCUGAAAU